AUGGCACAGUUCCGCACAACUCUUGUAAUGUCUUGGGAGAUUCCAGGCCACCACACUGAGGAGGCCGCAUUCGCACUGCCAGGUACAAAAACAACUCCCCAAUACUCAGCAGGCAUUGUCAAAGCACACAUUGUGUACCCGAAAGAUCCAUCGCAGCAUGCGGCAGAUGUUGUUAUGCUCGAGAAUGAACAGGAAUUCAAGCCCUGCAUGAAGAACAAGCCAAUAGAUUGCAUUCGAGUAGACGGUGCAGCUGAUGAAGGUCCGUCACAUAAAGAAGUAAAAUUUAUGUGGACCGAGCGACAUUUGGAACAGGAAAAAGUGUGCACCUUGGUCACCACCCGCUGCAGUGGCUCGUCAUACCUAAACAGAGUUGAGCUUCAAAAUGGAUGUUUGUCUGUAGCCCAUGGAAAUAUCUUCAUUCCGUCAACCAUUCAUGGAUCCAACUUUGGAAAGAAUGGGUCAAUUGAUUAUGAAAAACUUGAAAGAAAUCUUGAUGCUGCUACGGAUGUUUAUAUCAGCAAGUGUAAUAAUGCGCCAUUUGGAAACUCGUCCAUAACGCUUUUUAAGGGCAACAGGAAUGAUCUUGCAAGGAAUUACAAAAGCAGACGACCUCACCUUAUUGCAUUUUUGAAGGGUUCACAGCAGAGCAAAAGAAAACUCAAGGAAGAAAACCCAGCCCUUUUUGAAUACUUCACAGAAAUUUGGCAGCUUAGAGAUCGGCACAUAGUGGAGGGGCUCCCAAGUCAGUACAUAUUCCAGCUCCUACCAUGCUACAAAGAUGUCUGCAUUCACCCAGUCUGCGGAAAAGGUAAACCUGAUAAAGAGCCUGUGUGGUACGCUGGUGGACCACCCCUUUCGUAUCUUCCCAUUCCUGUUCCAGACCCAAAGCAUUGUUGGGAACAGCCAUGUGACCGAUGCAAGGGCCUUUGCACCGGCCAUUAUUUAAACCCAAAUGAUCAUGCUGAGUUUGUUGCAAGGAAUGGGACAGAGAAAUGUGUAUUUGUCCCGCCAAAAGAUCAGCUGGAAUCAGCGACCAAGUUAAAGUUUGAGAAAAAUGAAGAGUGGACACAGGCAGACUAAGAAAACAUCGCCAGGCAGGUGCUUCUUUCUGCUGAAGAUGCUCGUAUUUGGGUAGAACACGUUGGCCUAACAUCAGAGAGAAGAAAGGCGGUGGCUAAGAAAGCUGCUGAAACUAGAGCAAGGAAGAGACAGGAUCGCCAAGCUGCACAAGAGGAUGAAAUUGAAAGUGAUGAUGGCGGAGAUCUCUGGUGUUAUUGUAGAGAUAUAGAACAUGGGUUCAUGAUUCAGUGUGAUUCUCAAGGCCCGUCAUGCUUCAUUUGGUAUCAUGGGCCAUGCGUGAAGAUAUCCAAGAAAAAAGGACUGCAAAUGGAAAUCACAAACAACCCUUUUAUUUGCUACAAUUGUCAUUGAGCAAACCUUACUUUAAUUCAUCCUUAGAACUUGUAAUGUAAAGCAUAGCUUGCAACGCAGGCUGAUUUAGAUCAAAUUAGGUUUCCAGCCUGACAGUGAAUUUUGUUAUCUGUCCUCGAUUUAUGACAAACAUAAAUAGCUUUCUCAAUGGAUUUUUUAUAUACACACGGGGCAGACCACUAUCAUUUCCUGUUUAUAGUGUUAUUUCUGAAUCAUCUAAAAGUAGUUCAUAGUGUAAUUGAUUUUGGGAGGUUUCAUCCUUUGUGCGCUUUGCUUGGUGGUGCAUUUAAAAACAGUAUACCUUAUUAUAGGAAAUUAACGCUCGUGUUAAUUAACGUAUUGGAAAUAACCGCGACUUAAAAUUAACACGAUUUGAAGGUAAAUUUGCUUCCAAAUAAUGGAGAUUAACGCGAAAGAAGGGGGAAAUAUUCUAAAUAAAGGAAAUUAAAGUCAGCUACACCAAAACGGCUUAGGGACUUGUCAGAAAUUAG